AACUCUAAAACCCUAACUCUAAUCGUAGCAAUACUCAUAGAUCAUCUCACCCUACUCGCUGUUACUUGUAAUCUGCUUCUGUUUGCACCUGCAGCCGCAGCGAGGAGGAGAGCGACCCAAUCUUCACCAGAGAAAUUCAUCUUCACACUCAGCCAUGGGAAAGGUUCACGGAUCACUUGCUCGUGCCGGAAAAGUGAGGGGACAAACCCCCAAAGUUGCCAAGCAGGAUAAGAAGAAGAAGCCCCGUGGCCGUGCCCACAAGCGCAUGCAGUACAACCGCCGAUUCGUCACCGCCGUGGUUGGAUUCGGCAAGAAGAGGGGACCCAACUCAUCUGAGAAGUGAGCCUGAACCUUGUUAUUCUUUAGCUAGACAACAAUCAUGUGACUAAUCUUUUUUGUUCUGUUUCGUUUUUUUUCCGAGUUAAGGGUUUGAUUAUGUACUCUGAAUGGUGUUUUUGUUAGUUGGAUAUCAAGCUAUACGUUUUGAAUACAGUUGUAAUUUGCUUGCUUAGAUUGUUGCUUGGAUUCUUUGAUGAAAUGAUUAAGAUAGCUUUGCCCUUA